ACUUUAAAGAAUGGUCCACAUCAAAAUGAAAGAAAUCUUAAAAAAAAAAAAUCCAGUAAAGUAGGAACCAUUAUUCUCCCGCCCAAAGUCACGCUGCCUAUGCAGAUAAUCAACGGCGGAGUCAGAAUUCAGACCCUGGCAGCCUGGCUCCAGGGUCCACGCUGUUACCCACCCCACUGUGGGGCUCAUAGCAAGCCUGUGGGUUAGGGCUUGUUAGCCUAUUGCAGCCUCAAUUUACAGAUGAGGAAACUGAGGCCCAGAGAGGUGAACGACUUGUGGCUGGGGUUGGACUGUGAGUUAGGACACGUUGGGAUGGUGUGUGGGCACGUGCACGGGUAAGGGACCUCGGCGCCCAGUGACUCACAGGAACAGAGCCUGGGGUCGGUGGGUCUGGGGGGAAGGUUGUGAUGGGGAGAGGCCCCAGCCUCCCUGCUGCCUGUGUGCCCAGCCUCAUCCCUGCUUCUUCCAGCUCUCAGCCCACCCCUGGGGGCGGCUCCUUGGCGAGGCUGCAGGGAGGGCCUGCCCAGCCAGGAGGCUCAGGGCCAGUGUCAGAGGUGCUGAAGAGACGCCCAAGGGGAUGCCUGGGGGGGCAGGCACCUUCCUCCCAGCUCGGGGUGGGUGUGGCAGAGGCCCCGCGUGACCUUGUGGCUGACAUUCCUUGGCGGCCACGUGGCCCCAACUGGCAGGGACAGCUGCGGACAGCGACGGACCAGCUUUGUUCGCAGGGUGGCGCCGGCUCUCCAUCCAGGCCCUGCUCCUUCUGGGGGCUCGGUGGGCAGCUGGCACUCUGCGGCCCCCUCCAUGAGUGUCUAGAGGCACGGAGCCACCAGGGUCUCUCUGGAGGGGGCUCGCGGCGCUGGGAGGAUGGGGCAGGACCAGACGAAGCAGCAGAUCGCGAAGGGGCUCCAGCUGUACCAGUCUAACCAGACAGAGAAGGCGCUGCAGGUGUGGACGAAGGUGCUGGAGAAGAGCUCGGACCUCGUGGGGCGUUUCCGCGUGCUGGGCUGCCUGGUCACGGCCCACUCGGAGAUGGGCCGCUAUAAGGAGAUGCUGAAGUUUGCUGUGGUACAGAUCGACACGGCUCGGGAGCUGGAGGAUGCCGACUUCCUCCUGGAGAGCUACCUGAACCUGGCGCGCAGCAACGAGAAGCUGUGCGAGUUUCACAAGACCAUCUCCUACUGCAAGACCUGCCUCGGCCUGCCCGGCACCCGGGCAGCCACCCAGCUCGGAGGCCAGGUCAGCCUGAGCAUGGGCAACGCCUUCCUGGGCCUCAGCCUCUUCCAGAAGGCCCUGGAGAGCUUCGAGAAGGCCCUGCGCUAUGCCCACAACAACGAUGACACCAUGCUCGAGUGCCGUGUCUGUUGCAGCCUGGGCAGCUUCUACGCCCAGGUCAAGGACUACGAGAAAGCCCUGUUCUUCCCCUGCAAGGCUGCAGAGCUCGUCAACGACUAUGGCAAAGGCUGGAGCCUCAAGUACCGGGCCAUGAGCCAGUACCACAUGGCUGUGGCGUAUCGCCUGCUGGGCCACCUGGGCAGUGCCAUGGAGUGCUGUGAGGAGUCUAUGAAGAUUGCACUGCAGCAUGGGGACCGGCCACUGCAGGCACUCUGCCUGCUCUGCUUUGCUGACAUCCACCGGAGCCGUGGGGACCUGGAGACAGCCUUCCCUAGGUACGACUCUGCCAUGAGCAUCAUGACCGAGAUUGGAAACCGCCUGGGGCAGGUACAGGUGCUGCUGGGUGUGGCCAAGUGCUGGGUGGCCAGGAAGGCGCUGGACAAGGCUCUGGAGGCCAUCGAGAGAGCCCAGGACCUGGCCGAGGAGGUGGGGAACAAGCUGAGCCAGCUCAAGCUUCACUGCCUGAGCGAGAGCAUCUACCGCAGCAGAGGUCUGCAGCGGGAGCUGCGCGCCCACGUCGUGCGCUUCCACGAGUGCGUGGAGGAGACAGAGCUCUACUGCGGCCUGUGCGGCGAGUCCAUAGGCGAGAAGAAUAGCCGGCUGCAGGCUCUGCCCUGCUCCCACAUCUUCCACCUCAGGUGCCUGCAGAACAACGGGACGCGGAGCUGCCCCAACUGCCACCGCUCAUCCAUGAAGCCUGGCUUUGUGUGACCCCAUCAGGUGGUGGGCUUCUGCCUCGCCUUCCCUGCUCCUUCUCUAGCCUCACGCUGAAGGCCGCCCUGACCAGCUGCGCCUCCAGUACCUGUUUACUCCUGGGGCAGCCUCCAGGGCCUCCUCUGGCCUCAGCCAGGGCAUGGGGCCUGCCCACUGCUGCUCCUCCAGGCCCAGCUGCCCUCCCCCACCUCUCUGUACUUUGCUCUUUACAGAAAAAUAAACCGUUUGUACCUGG